GUUUGAGCCGUUUCUGCGCAAGGCAGUGCAGAUGUUUGUGCAGGUGCACGAGCCCAAGUACGUGAUGGACGAGGGCAAACCCAAGGAGUUCUACCUCGCCUUCUACAACCUCCCCGUCAUCCACAAGCUGAGAGAUAUGAAGGUGGAAGUGCUAGGCCAGCUAUCUGCAGUCAGCGGUGUGGUCGUCCGAACCUCCGAGGUCCGGCCGGAGCUGCUGUACGGCACGUUCCGAUGCUUGGAGUGCGGCUCAGUGCAGCGGAACAUAGAGCAACAAUUCAAGUACACGCAGCCCAUCAUAUGCAGUAACGCAGCGUGCUCUAACAGAGAAAAAUGGGCCCUAGAGCGCACAGAGUGCCAGUUUGUGGAUUGGCAGAGAGUCAGAGUACAGGAGAACGCAGACGAGGUUCCUCCAGGGUCCCUCCCCCGCACUCUAGACGUGAUUCUCAGGCACGAGUUAGUCGAGCAAGCGCGUGCCGGCGACAAGUGCAUCUUUUCAGGGACUUUGGUGGUUGUGCCUGACGUGGCGGCGUUGACUCGGCCGGGGGAGAGGCAGGAGGCACAGAGGGAUCUGUCGUACCGGUUGGCUUUUCUGGCGUGUUCUGUGCAGUCAGGGGAUCAGGAGAAGCAGCUGGUAAAUAUCAGGGCGGAGGACGAGGAGGGAAGUGCGGUGGCCUCAUUUACGCCCGAGGAGAGGGAGGAGAUGGCUCGCAUGAGGGCUGGCGGCAACCUGUAUGAGCGCCUGGUGGCGAGCGUCGCACCUUCAGUGUACGGGCAUGCGGACAUCAAGCGUGCCAUCCUGCUGAUGCUGUUUGGGGGCGUGCACAAGAAGACCCAUGAGGGCAUCAACCUCAGGGGCGAUAUCAACGUGUGCGUCGUGGGGGACCCCUCGUGCGCCAAGUCCCAGUUUCUCAAAUAUGUGGCUGGAUUCUUGCCCCGUGCGGUAUAUACCUCUGGCAAGUCCAGCAGUGCGGCGGGCCUGACAGCUUCCGUGGUUAAAGAGCCAGAGACAGGGGAGUUCUGCAUUGAGGCUGGGGCUCUGAUGCUGGCUGAUAACGGCAUCUGCUGCAUUGAUGAGUUUGAUAAGAUGGAUAUAAAGGAUCAGGUGGCUAUUCACGAGGCCAUGGAGCAGCAGACCAUCUCCAUCACCAAGGCGGGCAUCCAAGCCACGCUCAACGCCCGCACGUCCAUACUCGCCGCUGCCAACCCCACUGGGGGCAGAUACGACCGCUCCAAACCCCUUAGGUACAAUGUCGCACUCCCACCAGCCAUCCUGUCCCGUUUCGAUCUGGUGCACGUGAUGCUCGACACACCGGACCCGGUCCACGACUACUCCGUGGCGCGCCACAUUCUGAGCGUGCAUCAGAGCCGGGACAGAGCCCUGCAGCCAGAGUUCUCAACCCUGCAGCUGCAGAAAUACAUAAAGUUUGCACGCUCCAUCCGACCAGAGAUCUCAGAGGACGCCAAGACCCGCCUGGUGGAGGCCUACGUCUCCUUGAGACGGGGUGACGCAGCCCCGGGGUCGCGGUCCUCGUACCGAAUCACGGUGCGACAGCUGGAAGCGCUCGUGCGGCUGUCAGAGGCCCUGGCUCGGCUGCACCUGGACUCACAGGUGAAGCCAGCUCAUGUGCGCGAAGCCAAGAGGCUGCUGAGCACAUCGAUCAUAAGCAUUGACAGCCAUGACGUGGACUUGGAGGACGAGGGGGCGAAUGAGGAGGGGGAGGAGGGCAUGGAAGACAUGCCGUUUAUGAUGGGGGGGGAUGAUGGGGGCGAUGGGGGAGGGGGAGGGGGAGGGGGUGGGGGAGGGAGAGGGGGAGGAGGGGACGGAGGCAGUGGGGAUGGUGGUGGCGCAGGGGGGAGAGGAGGAGCAGGAGAAGAGGCAUCAGGAGGAAGGGAGGGCAUGGAGACAGAUGGGAAUGGGCAUGCAGGGGAAGGCGAUAGGAGUAAAGAGGGUGAGGCAGGGGUGGGGGGGCAUGAUGAGGCCAUGCGAGAGGGUGAGGGGCAAGGGGCAACGGCCAACGGAAAGGCCAAGGAAAGGGAUGAGGAGGAAGGGGACGCAGCAGAGGGGAGCCAGAAGAAGACGAAACCUGCCGCCCCUCUGCGAGUGCCGUACGACAAGCUGCAGCGAGUGACGGCGCUCCUUGUCACGUAUAUAAGACAAAAGGAGGCGGAGGAAGCUUCCGAGGAAGCUUCACUUGCAGCAGAUGAACCAGCCACUGCAGGCGAGGGGGGGGGUGUGAAGCAGGGCGAUGUGAUGCGGUGGUACAUGGAGCAGCAGAGCCAGGCCGGUGCUGUGGACUCGGUUGGCAAUCUCUUGACUGAGUUCCGAGUGCUGCGAUCGAUCAUCCAGCAUCUGAUUCGUCGGGAGGGUGUGCUGCUGAUUCUAGACGACGGGACAACGGCCGUGGAAGCUGCUAAGAAGCAGCGGGAGGAUGCAAUUGCUGCUGCAGAAGCAGCAGGGGAACCACUUCCGACUUUUGACAAACCUCUGCCCACGGCCCUGGAGGAACGGGUGCUUGCUGUGAACCCCAACUAUGUCCAAGAAUAACUUUUGAGUUAGGACUCAACAUUACUUUCGACAAGCCUGCCCACGGUCCUGGAGGAACGGGUGCUUGCUGUCAAACCCAACUACUUUCAAGAAUGAAGCAUUCUAAUGACUGCUGCAGAAGCAGCAAACAGACCACUCCCGACUAGGGAGGAAUGGCCGCUUGUCCCAAGUAUGUUCAAAAAUAAGCUCCCGCAGCUUUAGUAGUGCUGUGGUCAAAGCAGCACCGGGUUUACAUACCUAAUUAGGAGUGCCAAGGUUCUGCUAACAUCC